AUGUAUCGUAGAAAGAUUGAUGCCGACUACAUUGACGACUAUGAUGAAGAUAUCAGACAGAUUCAACUACUUGAGGAUCAAAUUCGCAUAUUGGAGCAACAUGUUCGGAAUAUGGAGUAUCGCAUUCGCCAAAAAAUUACAAAACGAGUGGAGUUAGAACUACUCAUCAAAGGCUUUCAUGAAGAUCAGCAGUUUGACAAAAAUUUCUGGCGUGAGCUUCGUCUUGAAAAAGAGGAGAAAACACAUUUCAACGAAUUAGCUCAGCAAAAAGGCUCUCCUGACGAUGGCCUAGACAAUAAUAUUGAACAGAGUGAGGUAGACCUGUUUUCUUCUAAGCGUAGGAACUAUAUGAUGGGUUUUAUGGUGGAUCAGAGGCGGCUGUCUGGCGCUUUUAUCUACCUAGGUCAACCCUCCGAAGAAUACCCUACUAAGAGGGAGUCACUUUGCAAAUGGUUGACUGACUUCCAGAACAUGAAAAUCGAAGAAUACGUCGAGGAUGACACAUCUUUUGACAUCUUGUUAGAACGACUUCGUGAGCGACUACAAUAG